GCCAGUUGCCUAGUGACGAAAACUAUCGACUGCUGCAGAUUUCCUGUGUUUUCAAAAUCUCGUCGCUGGCACUGAGCUAACUAGUGCGAAGUUUUCCAGUCAGAUUUCAGUUGUUUAUCUCCCAUCUGCAGCUGGAAUAUGGGACGAAGUAAAAGCGUUAUUAUUGUUGAGACUGUCGUGUAACGUUCCAGCGGUCCAUGUCGCGUUAUGAAGCAUUUUGAAGAAUGAUGAAUAAUUACAUUUUCAUCAGGGUCGUUGGGAAGGGGAGCUACGGGGAGGUGAACUUGGUGAAACACAAAACAGACCGAAAACAGUAUGUUAUUAAGAAGCUGAAUUUAAUCACCUCCUCCAAGCGGGAGCGACGUGCUGCCGAGCAGGAGGCGCAGCUUUUGUCUCAGCUGCGACAUCCUAACAUAGUGACAUACAGGGAGUCUUGGGAAGGAGAUGACUGCCAGCUGUACAUUGUGAUGGGUUUUUGUGAAGGCGGUGACCUUUAUCAUCGACUCAAACAGCAAAAGGGCGAACUCUUACCUGAGAGGCAGGUGGUGGAGUGGUUUGUCCAGAUAGCCAUGGCACUCCAGUACCUGCAUGAGAGAAACAUUCUUCACCGAGACCUGAAAACACAGAAUAUCUUCCUGACAAAGACCAACAUCAUCAAAGUCGGGGACCUUGGCAUUGCUCGCGUAUUGGAGAACCAGAAUGAUAUGGCCAGCACACUUAUAGGGACCCCUUACUACAUGAGUCCAGAGCUCUUCUCUAAUAAACCCUACAACCACAAGUCAGAUGUAUGGGCCCUGGGUUGCUGUGUGUAUGAAAUGUCCACACUGAAACAUGCCUUCAAUGCGAAGGACAUGAACUCACUGGUCUAUCGUAUUGUAGAAGGAAAGCUGCCACAGAUGCCCAGUAGGUAUGAUCCCCAGCUAGGAGAACUGAUCAAGAGCAUGUUGUGUAAGAGACCUGAAGACAGGCCUGAUGUCAAACUUAUCCUCCGGCAGCCCUACAUCAAACGACAAAUUGCCUUGUUCCUUGAGGCCACUAAAGAAAAAACUGCCAAGUCAAGAAAGAAAGCUGUGGGUGGCAGUGGUGAUUGCAGAGCCAGCGGCACGCCGUCUGUGGUGUCGUCUCAGCCAAAACCCGAGAGAAGUCCACAGCCUGAACCUCUGGCUAAGGUGAAACGGAAAGAAGAGAAAUCACAACAACAUAAACUUGGAAAUGUCGUCAUCGACUGCACUCCAGUCCAAACACCUCAGCCACCCAAACCCUCCUCACCUGAUACUCUCAAAGCCAGCAUCGUAUCCCUGGUAACUGUCAGCAACAUUAACGUUGAUAUCAAGCCGCAGCAGGAUGAGGAGCUGAUGAAGAGGCAGUUUCAGGGGCCCCAGUCACAUGUGUCACACCCUCGGGCAGGUGAUGAACCUGUGACUCACAGUGUGUACAAAGACAGCAAAAGAAGAGGGAAACCAGAUCCCUCUCCCCCUCCGUCCCCCGUUAAACCUCCUGUGAAGUCUGUAUCAGGUGUUGGCAGUAGGGGCGCAGACAAGACGAAGGCAACCAAUGGAUUGUUAGACAUUCAUCCACAGGCUUCACCAGACCCCAGGGAUACAUUUUCUGUCUGCGGAGAGAAGCAGAUGUCUGAUGUGGAUGAUAAGGAUGAUACCUUGGAAUUACUUAAAGAGGCUGACAUGCAGAACCAAGAGGCUACUUUUUCUGUCCCUGAGAGGAAAUCUGCACACAGUGGAGUGGUUGUGGAGGUAAACAUAGACAAUAAAUAUGACACUGUUACCCUUCUUAAGGGAGCUCCGACACAAGAUCAUACCUCAGACAUCCACGAGAGCCUAGAAUCUACUGAAAAGCUGUUAGAGCCUUUCCCUCCAACACCGGAGCAGGUUCAGGAGGAGUCUUCUUUACCAGCCAGUAAGCCGGGUCUGACCACUCCCUGCCAACCCCCCUUGUACUUAUUAUCUGAAUCUGGUGUAUCACAGCAACACGGAGGAAGGGACAUAAAACGCACACAUGCGGAUCAGAACAAGGUGGCUGCUCCUAGACCUUUACCUCCACCUCCCGUUGAAAGCGUAGCUGUGGAGGGGAAGAAGAGGAGCAGGCAGAGAGGCACAGAGAUCAAGAAAGUCAGUGCAGCUGCAGCCUCCACGUCAGUUAGUUCCUGUAAAGAUGGGUUCUUAGCACUGCCACUGGAUCGUCCUCUGUCUGCCAGAGAGAGGAGAAGACUGAGGCAGUCUCAGGAGAGUGCCAGCCAAUCAGGUGUUUUAAGAAGGGCAUCUUAUGAUGUCACUUCCGUUAAGGAGGAGCACUACAGUGUCCCAGUUACCAGAUCCGUUUCAGACAUUACCACAGGGACCAGCAGUAAGCAGGGUAAGUUGCCGAAGCAGAGGUCAGACGAAGAUGAGUGCAGCUCAUCCACAAGUUCUACAGAACGUUCAGAAGGAGACAGCAGGGAGAGAAAGAUGGAAUCCAACGACAUGCAGGAUUUAGUCCAUAUGAUGACCCAAACUUUAGGAAUGGAUAUUGGAGACAGUGUGAGUAAGGUGGACAAAGAUAGAUCUGGCUCUACUGCGUUGCCAGAAUUUAAACUGAACAGGAAGUACAGAGACACCCUGAUGCUUCAUGGGAAGGCUCGAGAGGAAGCAGAGAACCUGUCGCUUGGUGAAAUACCAAUAGGCUCCACGUCUCGUCCAGCCAAGAUAAGGAGAGCCAUAGAACACCUGAGGACAGAUGUGGUGAAGGGCCUGGGGGUCAAGCUGCUGGACAAAGUCCUGGAAAUCAUGGAGGAGGAGGACGAGAACAAACGAGAACUGUACCUUCGUGACCAGAUGGGGGAUGAAAAGUACCAAGCGUAUGCUGUGAUGGUGAGGCAGCUGAAAUUCUUUGAGGAUAUUGCCUUCAAGGUUUAAAGAAAACACUGGAUGUAAGGGACCACACAUAUUUGCAUUUCUGUGACACCAGAAAAUUUGGUCACAAGACAGAAUCAUCUUAACAGAUUUUGUGUAACAGGAAACUUUGCAUUUGGAAGAAAUGUCUCAGUUUUCAAGUAGAAAGUUGUACUGAACUGAAAACCGGUCAAUACUCAUGAAGAUGAAUUCGUUUCCUGCCAACAGACAACCCUGGUUGAGUUGUGUGGUCACUCUCUUCCUCCUCCUUGCAUGCAAAUGAUCAUUUGUGCUUGCAUCUUCUGUCAUAGAGCAGCGACUUUGCAACUGCCCCCUUGCAGGAAAUACUGUAAAUGUGUAAAGUUUUUUUAUUUUUAAUUUGUAAUUAUUUCUAUAAUUUUCAGGAUGUCUAUGCAAAGCUUCUGAGUCAUGUUCAAGCACUUGUCUUUCCUAUUUUCUGUAGUGGAUACUCAUUUAUUUAUAAUGCUGGACAGAAUUUCAGUAAUCAUUUUACUAAUGCUGUAUGUUUGAAGACACUAUAUCUCAUUUCUGCUGCUGUAUUUUCUUUAUCACAAAAUAAUGUAAUGUAGAAUAAUGUAGAUAUUAACAUCUGAUUGUUUUCUAAUAAAUAAAACUGUUUUUUUUAACU